AUGCUCGCCAGCAACCGCAGGCCCUCCGCCUCCGCCGUCCGCCGCUUCCCGCCGGGCUGCGGCCGCCACCUCAACGUGGCGGCGGGGCCUCCACUGUACCAGUACCACCAACUUCCAACCACCGCCGCCGCCGCCAAACCUAAACCCACACUCCCGAACCCCUCCGCGCGUGGGGGCACCAAUACCGCCCCACCACCGGCAAGACGAACCCUCCCAGCAACCGCCUCCUUCGGGGCCGAGGCGCCCUGUCGCGGCGUGGGGAACGGAAGGAAGGCCGCGGCGGCGGUGACGGUUCCCCGCGUCUCGGCCGUUAGGAGGUACCCGCCGGGCUGCGGGCGAGGCGUCGCCUUGUCCAAGUCCAAGCUGCCGGGUUCGGAGGGUGAAGCGGAGAGCGAGGACGGCGCGGGUAAGCCGUCGGCGGCGGUGGUGGGCCACGGUGACCCCAAGGCGAGAGCUUGGGAGGACGGGGAGGUGAUGCUACGCGCGUCUGCGCUUGAUCGUGCGGAGUUCAGUUCCAAUGGUGGGAUGACGAACGGAGGCGAUGGUGACGCUGGUGCACAGGAGGAAGGUGGUGAGAAGCCUUGGGAGGUGUCUGGCCUCAUGGCGGUGCCGUUCUUGCCAUGGGCGCAGCAUGAGAGGAGGUCGCAGCGGGCCAGCGGCUGA